AUGAAUAACAAGAAUUGGAAUGAUCGUGCCGACAGGGACCUCUUCUUCACUAUUUUGUCGGUCAAGAAUAUCGGCGUUAUUAGUGGUGCGGAAUGGACCAUGAUUGGCAACUACAUGCGUGGGAUGGGAUAUGGCUUCACAAAUGAGGGAUGUCGGCAACACUUUCAGGGCUUGCGCCGUGCGACAAACAAAAUCGAGGCGGCUCCUCCCCCGGCGGACAUGGCUCUUAGGCGGGUUGAUCCUAGCUUGAACCCCAUCACCCGACGCCCGGGUCCAGGUCGUGGCCGUCCCCGAAAGUCGCAGUCGGCGGCCGGCGAAGGCUCCGCGGGCCCAGAGUCUGCAGACACCGGCAGCGUCACGCCGCUGGAUCCCAACAUGAGCGUCUCGCCUGGCGUGGCCCCGGGUCCUACCCCGGCGGCUGCGGCACACAACCAAUCGGUGCACGCGCAGGCGAUGGACACGGAGCAGGGCAGCGUCGACCAUCAGAUUGCCAUGGAGGACGAGCAGGCCCUCGCUACCUCGGCCGGCACCGCUCCCUUUCCGAAUGCUUCUACGAGUCACGGGCCCGAUACCAGCACGGACGAGCACCCGUCGAAACGGGCAAAACUGGACAGCGACGCCAUGGACCAGGAGUCUGCUAUGGACGACGAGGCGGUGUUGGCAUUGGCAGCACACAAUGGCACGACACCCGCUGAUUAUGGAGAAUUCGGCUAUAAUGAUGCCUAG